GUCUUUUUAAUUGCCCUGAUGCAUUCAUGUAAUGAAAUAAUGGAGUACUUUCUCUUUGUAAUUUUCGCUGAUAUUUACCUUCUACAAUAAAUAAAGAUGACGUGAUAGUAUAAAAGUUAUAUUUAUACAGACACUAUGAAGUAGGAAUAUGUGUUUGGCGUUGUCCACAUCACGAAGAAGUUUUUUUUAUGUAGUGUUGUUCUUCAUAACUUCGGCGGGUUCAAAGGUUGGUGAACCUUUUGAUAUUUGAUAUUUAUGCCAUCGAAUCUCAGUAAAAGAUUUUGUAGUUUCAAGAAUGGCUGUACUAAAAGAAGGAAGCAGACCACCAUGGGUAGGUCUUGCUGCUGCUGUUUGGGUACAGAUAGCAGCUGGUAAUGCUUAUACUUUCCCACUAUAUUCCCCUGCUUUGAAAUCAGUGUUGGGUUUUAGUCAGCAGCAGCUUACUAUUAUUGGAGUGGCAAAUGAUAUUGGGGAGAAUGUUGGGAUUCUGCCUGGCAUAGCUUGCAACAAGUUCCCACCUUGGGUUAUUUUGCUUCUUGGUGUUUGCCUUUCUUUUUUUGGCUAUGGUGUUCUUUGGCUUGCUAUCAGCCAAACUGUGCUCUCCUUGCCGUACUGGGUUCUUUUUCUCGCACUGGUAGUUGCUACAAACAGCAGUGCAUGGAUGGGCACAGCAGUACUUGUCACCAAUAUGAGGAACUUCCCUCUCAGUAGAGGCACUGUUGCUGGCAUACUGAAAGGCUAUGUUGGCUUGAGUGGUGCAGUUUUCACAGAGAUCUUCGCCAUGGUUCUUAAUAAUUCAGCUUCAGAUUUAUUGCUGUUUCUAACAUUGGGAGUUCCGACCAUCUGUUUGGCCAUGAUGUAUUUUAUACGGGCUUGCACACCAGCUUCUGGAGAGGAUUCUUCUGAACAUGUCCAUUUUCUUUUCACUCAAGCAGCAAGUCUAUUGCUUGCAGUUUAUCUUCUCACUACAACAAUUUUGAAGAACAUGCUAUCUCUAAGAAGUUCCAUCUCCUAUAUACUUGUUGGAGUAAUGGUUGUUUUCUUGAUGUCUCCUUUAGCAAUUCCCUUGAAGAUGACACUCUUUCCAUCUCGUCUCAAGAGAUCUGGAAAAUUAGAUGGUUCCUCAAAUGAUUUGACUGAAGAAGAGGUCAGUUCCAGCCAAACGGCGGCCUUAUUAACUCCAAUGUCAUCAGAAGUAGACCUUGGGAGCUUUCAUGAAGGUGAAGAUGUUUCUGAGGUGGACAUGCUGCUGGCUGUGGGUGAGGGUGCAGUGAAGAAGAAAAGGAAACCUAGAAGAGGCGAAGACUUCAAAUUUCGUGAAGCUGUUAUUAAAGCUGACUUCUGGCUUCUGUGGCUCGCAUACUUCCUCGGUGUUGGUUCUGGUGUAACUGUUCUUAAUAAUUUAGCACAGAUUGGCGUUGCACUAGGUGUAAAUGAUACAACGAUAUUACUCAGUUUGUUCAGUUUUUGCAACUUUUUGGGCCGUCUUGGGGCAGGUGUUGUUUCGGAACACUUUGUGAGGUCAAAAACAAUACCACGAACAUUUUGGAUGAUGCUAGCACAAAUCAUCAUGAUUAUGACAUUCCUUCUUUAUGCUUCAGCUCUGAGUGGUACUCUCUAUGCUGCGACAGCAUUGCUAGGGAUUUGCUUCGGUGUUCAGUUUGGUGUAAUGAUUCCAACUGCCUCCGAACUCUUUGGCUUGAAACAUUUUGGCAUAAUAUUCAACUUCAUGCAGCUUGGCAAUCCAAUAGGAGCGCUUCUGUUUUCUGGUCUACUGGCUGGUUAUGUCUAUGACAUGGAGGCAGGAAAGCAACAAGGAUUGCACUGUCUGGGCCCAAAUUGCUUUAGGCUCACGUUCCUGGUUUUAGCAGGAGUUUCUGCCUUUGGUGCGUUCUUGAGCAUGAUCUUGACCGUCAGAGUUAGACCAGUUUACCAGAUGUUGUAUGCUGCAGGUUCUUUCCGUUUGGCCCAGGCUUCUGAUCACUGAUUGACAUUGUUGCCUUUUGCAUUUAUAUGUAUGUAUAUAUUAUAUAUGUAUAUCAUCAUGUUCCUCCGGGUAUAACCAAAAGUUUGAAAGAAUGGUUAAUGUCCAAGUAAAAUUUACUAGUGUUGAUUUUCUAAUGUUCAUUUGGGGAACAGCUUGAUGCUUCUAUAUCAGGAAAUAAAUACUAUGCAUUGAAUCGCCUGCAAA